CUCGGAUUGACAACCUAGUCACCUGGUUUCAAAAAUGGCAUCACCCAGAUGGAAGGAGCUGUACAAAUAUGCAGCAUGUGACGUGAGUUGCAUCGUGAGCCUGUCGACAUUCAGGCUUCACGCUGAGCGAAUCUAGGUUGCAGAUGGCUUGCUCAAGCUCAACGUGCCGGGCGCAGGCUUCCUAGCUAACAUACAGCCAAUGCCACAUGCUGCGAGCACACCAGGGCCAGCGCCAAAGAAGGUCCUCGCGCCUGCAUCGACAUUCUUAAUGGCACCCAGAGCCACCAAGUCUUUCCCCAACCCUACCACGCUACCUGCAGAUGCUCCAGCUUCGAAUCUGCCAGACUCGAGGCCGUAUGCAGACUACACUGAGGAUGGCACUAUAGUUGUGAUCAGCCAACCACCAGGCCAAUCUUGCGCAGUCGUGGGCGGCAUCAUGGCAGCACGCAUGAAGCACCUCGGUGCACAUGCACUAGUUGUUGACGGCAGGGUGCGCGACUUGGUCGCUCUGAACGAGACGCAGCUGCCCAUCUGGUCAAAGGGGACCUCGAUUAUCGGCGCCGGAGCGGAGACGAAGUUCCACGCUCACAGCGUGCCUGUGCACAUUGGCGAGACGACCGUCGAGGCUGGCGACAUCGUCAUGAUCGAUCCGUUUGAGAACGGUGUGGUUGCAGUACCGCAGGACAAGGUCGAUGAGCUGCUUGAGCUCCUACCCAAACUCGUGGGCGCCGACGAGAAGGUGAUCGUGGACGUGGAGGCAGGCGUGAGCGUGCAGGAGGCGUUCAAGAAACAUCGCGGCUAGCUGCACCAAAGAAUCGAACCUGCUUCAUGAAUUCACACAAAUUUUGA